GUCAGAGACUGCAGACACACUACAGGAGAUGGUCAGAGACUGCAGACAAACUACGGGAGAUGGACAGAGACUGCAGACAUAGUACAGAAGAUGUUCAGAGACUGCAGACAUACUACAGGAGAUGUUCAGAGACUGCAGACAUAGUACAGGAGAUGUUCAGAGACUGCAGACAUAGUACAGGAGACAGUCAGAGACUGCAGACAUAUAACAGGAGACAGUCAGAGACUGCAGACACACUACAGGAGACAGACAGAGACUGCAGACAUACUACAGGAGAUAAUCAG